GCUACGAACCACUAUCAUCAACUGCCAUUCCAAUUUGACAGUCCUCAGGUGACAGACUUGUUUGGUUAUCACUCCGUGUAAACAGCUGUUUUUCAUAGGCAAUUGUGUAUAAAAAAUAUUAUACCUCAAUAGUAGAAUAUUCAGGAAAUUCUCUUGAAUCUGUGAUAAAAAUAAUUGUUAAAAUAUAAUAUUGUUCGGAUUAAUAGACUAGACAGUUUUUAUUUAAUUAUUGGAAAAUUUGUUGGGAUACUGGCAAAGUAGUCUAAAACGAAAAUGGUAUCUUAUUUUGUACCGCGUGGGCGCUUUCUAAUCAAAGCAGGCAGUUUGAGACAAGCAGCGCAUUUGAAGCAAGUCCAACAACAAGAACAAGGAAAAUGGCCUAUGUUGCGUCAUUUUCGUCAAAGUUUUUCCACAAAGUUAGUUGAUUCGAAACAGGCUAAUAUAAAGCCAAUUGCUCGUUGCAACAGCACCUUAGGGAAGGUUGGUCAUAGAAAUGAAAAGAAAUAUAAUCAGGAAAACCUUGUGAGUCGCAGUGUUUGGACAAAAUGGACCGGCUUUCUAUUGCGUUGGACACCUGUUGGCAUUUGCUUAUUUGGUGUUAUAGAGUGGCAGCUUCACAAGCAGAAAUGUGAAAAGGAAAAGUUACCACGUACUGCAUCAUCAUUUCAAUCAAAAGUCUAUUGCUCCUUACCACUGCGAAUAAUUAGUCGAUGCUGGGGCUGGUUGGCGGCAUGCUAUAUUCCAGUUUAUCUACGACCAUACAUUUACGGUUGGUACUCAAAUACGUUCGGUGUUAAUUUGGAAGAAGCAUUACAUCCUGAUUACAAAUACUACAAUAGCCUUGCGGAAUUCUUUACUCGGCCACUGCGAGAAGGUGUGCGACCAAUCGAUCCAACUGCCACCAUUAAUUCUCCGGCAGAUGGGCGUGUAUUACACUUUGGAACUGCACAAAACAAGUUAAUAGAGGAGGUGAAAGGUGUCAAGUAUAGUGUGUCGUCCUUCUUAGGACCAGUUACAUGGCACAAUCGAUUAACUGGUGAAUUCACGGAAGAACUGAAAGAAAAUAACGAUGGUUCAACCGAACUUUACCAAUGCGUAAUUUACUUGGCACCUGGUGAUUAUCAUCGUUUCCAUUCUCCAACCGAUUGGCAACCAAAGUUAAGACGUCAUUUUGUCGGCGAACUCUUAUCAGUCAACCCACGCGUAGUUACUUGGCUACCCGAUCUGUUUUGUCUGAAUGAACGUGCUGUAUAUUUGGGCAAAUGGAAACACGGCUUCUUCAGUUAUGCGGCAGUGGGAGCUACCAAUGUUGGUUCGGUGCAGAUAUAUAUGGAUGAGAAUUUAAAAACAAACCGUUGGAUGGGCUUGAAAUUGGGAGUUCAUAAAGAUCGUCACAUUUACGAUGAAGUUGAAUUAUCGGAUAAAAAAACUUUCGGGCGUGGUGAAUUGCUAGGACAAUUCAAUAUGGGUAGCACAAUUGUGCUACUGUUUGAAGCACCUAAGAACUUUAAAUUUAAUGUUAAGGUUGGUCAAAAGGUACAAGUUGGCGAAUCUCUAGGUAUCUUAGAGUAAGCCAAUCAAACUGCCACUAACAGUGGUCUUUGGCUGAUGAACUUCUUGCAAUGAAGUAAAAAUAUGCACAAGUUACGAUCUUCAUAUAAUCGUGACGCCACCAAUGGAAAUGUUUGAGAUGAUAUAUGUGCUAGUAACUGAUUGUGAUCCACAUGCACGCGUUAAGCGUUGUCAGCGAUAAUAUUUUUUAGUUAAUUUGUCUUUUUAUCAUAUCAGUUCGCUACCAAAGGAACCUGCUAUGUUAAGCUCAAUUUAGCUUAAAAUUUGUUUAAACAUUUAUAAUUUCAUAUGAUAUUUCUACUACAAAUGUCGUAAGCGGCUCCUUGUUCCUCUAUGGAAUAGAAAUAGAUAUGAUAAAAACUCAGCAUUUUUGUUUACUAUUAUCCGAAACUAAUUUAGUUCCUUGUUUAUUUAGUCGUAUGUACGUGAAAUGUAUUCAAAAUAAUUCUUUAUCAUUUAUGUUUGUGUAUUAUCUAUCAUCUUGAACCUCUAAAACAUUUUGGGGUACAAAUGUAUUUUAUAAACAGAUAUUGUAAUGUUUUUAAAGAAGCUAAUAAAGAUACAUUAUAAAAUAAAAUUGGAAUUUCCAUUAUUUGAACUGUUAAAAAGA